AUGGACCGCGAAGGUUCUGCCUUUACUAAUCACGGUGGUAUCAUUCAAUUUCAAGGACAAGACUAUCUAUUCUAUCACAACGGCGCUGUACCCGGAGGCGGUGGGUUCACGCGAUCUGUGUGUGUAGAGGCUUUGUUCUACAACGAAGAUGGCACUAUACAGCAGGUGCAGAUGAGCCGCAGCGGUCCGGCACAAAUCAGAAGUCUUGACCCGUAUAUCCAGCAUGAGGCCGAAACGAUUUCCUGGAGCCAAGGCAUUGAGACCGAAGUAUCUGGAGAGGGUACUUUGAAUAUCUGGUCCAUCAACAACGAUGACUACAUCAAAGUGCAAGGUGUAGAGUUUGGGGCAGGCGCAGCAAGCUUCUCUGCUCGCGUCGCCUCGGCGCUCAACGGAGGAUCCAUUGAGCUGCGUCUUGACGCUCUUACUGGGCAACUGGUGGGCACAUGUAUCGUUCCGGGGACAGGUGGUUGGCAGACUUAUGUGACUGUCUCGUGCGACAUUACCAAUGCGAGUGGCCUUCAUGAUUUGUACUUUGUAUUCAAGGGCGAAGGCAGUAUGGACUUGUUCAACUUUAACUGGUGGUGUUGGAAGGCUUUUCCAAAGCGUACGCUUGUAUAUAAGAUAGGUUGUAAAGGUGAUUGA